AUGGGUAGUCCAUUUCCCGGAGGGGAUGGCCCAGGUGGUGAAUCAGCAGGCACGGGCGAUCAACUGCUGGAGGUUAUAUACCGUGAGAGCGAAAUCCGCGUUCGGAGUUUUGAGACCCAAACAACCAGCGACGAAGAAACGGAUCUCAGGGCGACUGGUUUACCGACUUUCUUGUGGACCCAAAACGAUCUGUACGGAUGGAUCGGUGACAGAUUGCGAACCCGCUCUGAUAACGCGGUAACAGUGGUGCUUAUUGGUACCGAGUGGAGCACAGCAAGAUGGAUAACAGAGCUUCAAGUGCGUUUACAGGCGCUUCGGGGUGUGCAUUUCGUGUUGCUGCGAUGUUAG